UUUUUGCUCAUAUAUACAAAGUCUAUUUAAAGGAAGAUAGGCCUCAAAAUAUAGAAAACAUAUAGCACACAACAAGAGACUAUAGCAAUGGAGAGAAAACAGCACUUUGUAUUAAUCCAUGGGAUCUGCCAUGGAGCCUGGUGCUGGUACAAGCUUGUGAGCCUACUCAAAACGGCUGGUCAUCAAGUCACUGCCUUGGACCUUGGUGCUUCCGGGGUUGAUCCCAAGCGGCUCGAAGAGAUUAUUUCCUUUUCAGAUUACUUGCAGCCAUUGAUGGAUUUCUUGGCCCCUCUUCCUGAUGAUCACAAGGUCAUUCUUGUUGGUCACAGCUACGGCGGUCUCUGUAUAUCUAUAGCCAUGGAAAGAUUUCCCAAGAAAAUUUCAGUUGCAGUGUUUAUUUCAGCCUGUAUGCCUCAUCAUAGCUCUUCACCAGGGACUCUCAUACAACAAUACUUUAAAAGGACCCCAGUGGAGUCGUUAAUGGAUUGCCAGUUCACAUUUGAUAAAGGCCCGGAGAAGCCGCCAACUUCAGCACUCUUUGGUCCAAAAUUCAUGGCGGCCAAAGCUUAUCGACACUGCCAAUUAGAGGAUGUGGAGUUGGCCAAAAUGUUGGUUCGACCAAGUGAGCUGUUCUUGGAGGAAUUGGCCACGGCGGAUUUGUUAACAGAAGAAAAUUUCGGAUCGGUGGAUCGAGUUUUCAUUGGAUUAGAAGAUGAUGAAGUGAUGGUGGAAGAGUUCCAGCGACUGAUGCUUGAGAGCUCUCCAGCCAAAGAAGUGAAAUUCAUUAGUGGAUCCGACCACAUGGUCAUGCUUUCCAAGCCCAAAGAGCUUUGCCAGCUUUUACAAGACAUCGCAGAUAAAUUCUGCUGAACAUGUACAUAUAUAUAUGCUAAAUCUUGAAAUCUUUUCUUGUUUCGAUGAAAUAUUUUUUGUUUUAAUAUACAA